UAGGCAACGAAAUGUGAUUUUUAUCAGCUAAGAAUUAGUUAAAGAUGUCUUAGUUUUGACUAGGUUAAACGAAAUUUGCCACCGUAAUGUGAUAGCAUUAGGACAUUACUGUACCACCCAAAUGGGAUCAUGGACAGGUGUAUAUUUUUGCUCAAAGAAUCAUCAAGGUUUAUGAAAUAAUUGAUCGUAACACUUCUUUUAUGUAUAAAUUUUGCAGUUUUCUUCUUCGUGUAAUUAAAUCUAUAUCUUUCUGCUUUUCCUCGUAAUGCCUCAUAAUCUUUGAUACUACACCUGUACUUUGAAAUUUUGAUAAUAAUUAUCAAUCUAAAUAGAUUUACAUGAAAAAGUAUGUAAAUUGAUAGUAUUUUUCAUUUAAUAAAUCUCGCAAUACAGACUGUAUGUAUAUGCGGCAAAUUUCCAUACUGUGUAUAUGUUCAUUAUUUUCUGAUAAACGCUAGUUAAUUACCUUAGAUCUGUUCAUUGAACCUUUGGCAAUAAAAUGUAGCGUAGUGUGUGUAAACAGGUGCAAAUUUAAUAUGAUAAGCAUGGUUCGUUUUUUAUUCACAUUUAGUAUUCAGAAAGUGAAAUAAACACAUAAAUAUCAAUUUUAUAUCUUUUAAAAUAAAGGAAGUACAUAUACGUCAGAUGAAAUGAAUACUGAACAAUUUUACACCCCCUCCCCCCUGGUACACAUGUGUGAUGUAUUUGACAGACCUUCAAUUCGUGGAAAUCUGCCAAAGAUUUUCGGAAUACUUGGCAAAGCAAAAAGCUCUCUCCACAAGAAAAAUAAGGAAGGCAAUAAAAUGACUUCAUCCGAUUAGUGUUGUGUUUUACUGCUAUUCAUAAAGGAUUUAAAGUUUUCCGUUGAAAAAAAAAUAAUAACCUUGACGAUAAUAAUAUGAAAAUAAUGAAUUGGGCAUAUUUUAUUGUUGAAAUAUUAAAAGACAAAAGGAUUGGGCACAGGUUCUUAAAACAUAGAAAAGAAUCAAAUUUGAUUACCUAUUAAUUCCAUUCUUUUUUUUAAUACAUAAAACAACAAUAUUGCGGCCAUGUGCGAGACCUGGGUGUCUAUAUCUUAACAGAAAAAGUUAAGGAGGUUGUGUGGUUGGUAGAUAUGCAACACGCCCAUAGCUAUUGUUGAAGACAAUGGAAUAUGUGUAAUGAUAAUGUGGUGUUGGACAUUUAAGAUUUUGCGUCAUUCAGUAAGAAAAAAAAAUGUGUAAUUUUAUUGUAACAAUAAUUACGAAAUCUGCGCAGGAGUCUACGUAUGUAACACGCGAGUCACAUGGAACAGUGUAACUUUAAGGAUGAAUGAUACAUCGUCAUAAUGGAUGACUUCCUUUUGAAACAUGGAUGAAAAUAUAGAUAUCAGUAAUGCAUGUAGAUUUCUUUUAAAUCUAAUUGCGUAGCUGGGUAGCUCAGUAGGUUAGCAUAUAAAUUGCUGAUUGGUUGUUCGUUCGAUCGAGUCUAGCAGGGAUUUCGAGUUUUUCCCAGAUUACUUUCUGCUAAAAUUGCAUUUUAAAAAUUCUUCCUUUUUGACAUAAUAAGUAAUUUGAAACUUUUCAAUAUCAAAAUAUUCUUGCACAUAUCCUCCACUUUCCAUCCAUAUAAAAUGUCUUUGUUGUGUUAUCCCUCGAGCUAAUAAGACAGGUGAAUAUUUUCAAAAUUACGGAAGAUUUCACAUCUGUGUCGUACUGCUAUAUGGGGAGGUUCGAUGUGUUAUUGAAGUGAAGGUCAUCGUUGGUCCGACGGUAAUAUUGAGGUCGCGGCAUCUAUGUCCGACAGUUCAUGGAUUAUCUGUAAUGUGGUACAGCAAGUUAGAACGUGCAGGCCACAUAUCAAUACGGUAAAAUGCGAUAAAGAUAUGCUCUAGGCAAAUAAAAAAAAAUUGAUAAAGAAAAUAUUUUUAAAAACCCCAUCUGCCAUAGAAUAACACGUACAUUAAAUGGUAAAUAAACUGAAAGUUUUAUCAAUUUAUGAUGAAUAUUUUUGACAGUUUUUACAACAAUUUGACAAAACUGACCAGAUUUUUCAAAAGUACUCAAUAACGAAACUGAUAUUUCAGAAAAUUCAAAGGAAACAAUGUCUCAAUAGAGACUUGCCUUACUUUGUAAGUUCUCAUCACCAUGAUUAUUGCAACGAGAUUUUGAAAUUGACAGCUAUUCAUCUCUAUACAGAAAGAAGACCAAUUGAUACUCGAACUCACGACCUCUCGGUUACAAGGCAAAUGCUCCACCUCUGAGCUACCGCGACCGGUAAAUUUUAUGGAUGCAAAAGCUUUUAUAAAUCUUAUAAUCUAUUUCAUAGGUUAUACAACGUAUAAAAGCUCUUACAAAUAUAUUCAUGAAUGAAUAAUUGUAUCGCGUGUCAUCAUGUAAGAAAAAUUAAAACUGUACAUUCAAAUUUGAUUUGUAUGGAGGAAAUUUUCCUUUCACGGCACAAAUUUCCAUUAAGGAAGAAUAACAUACGAUCAUGAUGGCGCACUUCCUUUCGAACUAUAAACGGAAAAAUAAAUAUCAGGAAUAUAUUUCAUGUCUCUUUUAUAGCUAUCUACUUCAUCGGGUUCAUGAACAUGCAAGCUUCAAUCCAUAUUGUAUAAGAGUUUUCUCUGGUGCAUUACUCAACCUAAGAAAAUAUUAACCAAUUAUCAGAAGACUAUGUAUACGUCUGUAAAUUUCAAGAAAUCGUCUCCAGUAAUAAUCGUACUAUAUUAAAACUAUUGUACGUGUAGAAAUGUGAAAGCCACAUGACAUACAUGUAUAUAGAAGUUUACGAGCAGAAUAAUUGCAUCACGACUUUCAUAUAUAAUAUCACGUGGUCUAAAUUGUGGUGUGAUGAAAAGGAAUUCUGUAUAUAAAAGAUGUGGAUUACACAACUUAUUUGUUAAUCAUCGUAACCUAUAACAUUUCAUACUUAGUGUGAUUAGUGCAAUAACGAACCUAUGCUAAGGAUAAAUUUGUUGCAUGAAUUCUUCUUGGUUUUUACGAAACGUAAUGAAUGGUUAUGAGUUCAUGCAUUUUUUUAUCGACAUAUUUUGAUUAAUCGUGAAAAAAAAGAAGAACUUAUGCGCAUUUUUCGCGAAGGAAUUAUUUAGCCCGUAAAGUUACUUUCAUUUUUUUUUUAAGGCAAAAGUAAUUUUUUUGAAAUGAAGAUCACACACACGCACACACCUUUCUGAUAUAUACAUUUGAUAAACCUAACAUAUGACAUCAUGUAAUUGUAGAAAGAACAAAUACACCAUUUUGUAUCACGUACCAUUUCCACAAAUACAGAGAGCACUAGAAAACACGACUGGUAUUUUUACUAUAAAUGUAUCUUUCAAACAGUGGUCAAUGGUAAACUAUUUUCUAUUGUUUUCGAUGAUAUGGAAAAAAAGCAAGCACUAAAAGUGACGUUUUCAUUGAGAAAAAAAAAAAUGCUUUAUUUCUGACGUUAAACUAUACGAAUUGGUGGUAAGGAAAAUGGUCAUAAAUAUUGCCUCACGAGAAUUUAAGUAUGAAAUAAAACAUUUCAAAUAUGGAAGAUUUCAUAUGACUCUCCCAAUCUUGGAGGUAAUGUUAGUCCUUACCAUGUACACGAAUCCUGUUAAAAUCACAUAAUGUUAAUUAAAAACACGUAAUAAAUUCUCUUACUUUUACGUGUCUACAAUUUGGAAUAAAAUUGCGAUUUCAUAAUCAUCUUUGUGAUUUGAUUAUUUCAUAGAACUUAUUAAUUUCACAGAACCAAUUAAUUUCACGGAACUAAUUACAUUUUGUACACGUGUUGUACUAGCUGCAAUAGUGUAGCCCUCUCCAAUAUUUUUUUUUAUCCCGAAAAUGUCAGAAUUAAAAAAAUCGGAUGGGGCUACAAGAUUGCAUUUAGUGUUGUACAGGUAUAUUGUAGUAAGAAAUUACAGAUACAUGUAUGUAAAGGAGUGAAAUAAAUUGUAUGUUAGUUAUUGGGGGGGGGGGGGGGGGGGUGAGUCACCGAAUGAACAAUAUCCACGGUUUAAAAUCAUCAGUUUCAUUAUUCGGUAUUGAUAUAUUAAACAGUUUACAUAUUUAAAAAGUAUCAAUCAUUAAUAAUAAUUAUUGUGUGUCGUCAAUAGGUAAGAUAUAUAAUAAAAAAAUAUUUCUGUUAUAGCUGAUAUGGAAUUCUUAAAUUGGUACACGCGGUCCUGAAAUACUAAAACCUCUAAUGUUGAACAUCUUAUAUAGACUAUAAGAACACUGAAUUUAAGUAGCUUCUUGCGUGCAUUGGAGCAUUUUUAUUUACAUUCAUUGAGAAGCCUGAAUCGGUAUUCUAGCUUAUAAUCCCAACAAAGAAAUGAUUCUUGACUUCUCUUACCUUGGUUGACCCGGCACAAUGCACAACCUGAAACUGAACCCCGUACUUUGAUCAGGGACGGUAGCGGAAAUACAAACCUCGAUUCACAAAAUAAAACUUUUAAAAAAUGUUUUCACCUUGAUGGUGGUAUUAGUUGUAGGAAUAGGGUGUAAUGUGAACACAGAAUUUUUCUUCAAAAAGAUAUUUUGUAAUUUGCAUACAAAAAUGGCUUGGAAAACCGGUGUAGGUCGAUUUUCGGAGAUUUCGUCGACACGAAAACAUUUAAACCUUGUUGCUGUGCUUUGUAAAUGAAAUCUUAAAUUACUUUGAAUUCAUUCUAACGGUAAUAUCCAAUGGCCUCCAUCGACGAUAACAUAAAUUGCAUAACAUUUACAUUAACAUUUUUUCCCAGUAAUAAACCUAUACUAUUUGAGUGUAUUUUAUUUUCCAAUAAAAACACUCAUCUUUCAACACGACUGCAUAACCCGUAAAUUGCAAAAUAUAAAUAAAAUGCAAUCAGUUCAUUAAUUUUAUGGUAUGAUUUAAGCAGUCACAAAUAUCGGAUAUAAAGUGUAAUUACUGCAUGCUAAUUUAUUUGCUUUUAUCCCCAAAAUACUACACAUCCACCCUUUGUUACUCGCACAUGUUUCCCCAAAUAAUCGCAUGGUUUUGCAAAGUGCUUUGACGAUUUCUUAUCAUCAGCGUGGAUAUCGUCAUGUGUAGGCUAGUGUGUUUGCGCAUGACACGAAACAAGCAAAGCAACACAGCAAUGCAAGGUCUUGACAAUCAUCUCGAUAACUUCUAAACCCGUUAGAUACACGUACCUUGAAAAGUAAAAAAGAAGAAAAAGAAAACCCGGAUAAAAGGCUUUUAUAGCAAUAUCGUCUAUGGUACAUGUAAUAGAGAAAGUCCUGUUGUGAAACCAUAAACCUACAGGGAAAUGUUCUAGUCAACAUUAUCAUGCACAGAAAAACUCGCCUCAAAGUCAACCCCUCCCUCAACCCCCACCUUAUCUGUGUACUGUGUGGAGGAUACUUAAUCGACGCAACGACUAUCGUGGAAUGUCUUCAUUCAUUUUGUAAAACCUGCAUUGUCCGAUACUUGGAGUCCAGCAAGUUCUGUCCGAUCUGUGAUGUCCAAGUUCACAAGACCAAACCCUUCACCAACAUCAGAUUAGACCAUACACUUCAGGAUUUGGUUUAUAAACUGGUGCCAGGAUUGUUUCAAAAUGAAAUGAAAAGAAGAAGAGACUUUUAUAGAGACCAAGGACUAGAUGUGGACAGCAUGUGGGAUGACCCUGACAGGCCGGAAUAUUACACGGACGAUGACGGAGAGAUCCAGAGGGAGCGCGUGAUCUUCGCUGAGGACGAGCAGAUCAGUCUGGCACUGCAGCUCAGCCCAGAUGGAAAACCUCCCAGAAUUCCCUCGAAAUGUACAGGCACGAAAGAUAAAGAGGCUGAGGACUGUCGUUAUCUGCUAUGUCCAGCUGCCGUGACCAUCGGGCUACUGAAGAAGUUCAUACGACUUAAGUUUUCCCUCAACGACCGUUAUCAAAUUGACAUCUAUCAUACUGACGAAGUCCUGAGCGAUUCGUAUACCUUGGUAGACAUCGCUUAUAUCUACAUGUGGAGACGGAAAGGACCCCUGUGUUUAUACUAUACCGUGUACACCAAUCCAGCCAAAAGGUUCAAACGUGACCUCUCUUGCACGGAAAAGGUCAUCAAAGAGUCAGUUACUGUGGAAACGGAAAUCAAGAAUGAUGUCGAAGAUGGCAAAGCUGAAAAAGAUAAGGAUGACAAAUCGGAAGAAGUGGAAUCAGAAAAACCACAGUCCCUUCUUUCGCUGCAGGAAACUGUUUCAGAACCGAAAAUUCAUACACCUUCAGAAAAACCCAUUUUGAACAUUGACGCAUCGGAAUUAACCAAUGACAGAAACGGAAAACCAGCGGAACCAUCAAGUGACACUGCUGAGACUAGUGUUCCGAAAAAUGAUGGCCAACCACAGACUUCUAAUGCUCCCAAGCCCGAACCACAAGAAAAGGAGAAGAUCUCAUCGGAAACUGACAAACGUACACCAGCAGAAAAUGGUUUCGAAGUUGCAAAAACAUGUAGUGAUAAAGGUUCGAAUAAGACAAAGGCUAAUCCUGUGGGAUUAGAGAAGACACAGUCGAAUGGACUUUCCUUUCCACCGAGCACGGUUAAUAAAUCCCCAGGUAAAAAGGACAAAAGUUGUAGCAGCAAAGCAGAAAAACAACUGCAGACUCAAUCAUUGAAACCUUCGUCGGCGAUAUUAGUUGUUCCCACUUCUGAAAAUUCAUUGAGUGUUAACCGCAUCCCGAAACUCAAGUUAAAUACUUCAAAGUACUCUUCACAAGGUAUUGUUACUAAAAAAGCCACCCUAACAACACCCGUGUAUCACCCCCGAGUGACACAGAAGACUUCUCUGCCACCCACUGAUUUACAAGGUGCUGAAAAAACUCCAUCGUCUGAGAAAAUAGCAAAGAAAAUGUGUACACAAAAUGGUGCAAAUUCUUCUUCCUCAGACAAAGGCAGAGAAAAGAAAACGGAUUCUCCUAAAUCUUCACCUUCGAAGAAAUCUGCUUCGGACAAAACCACUACUGGGACCCCAACUAAACCAUCGCCAACUGCCAAACAUAAGUUAUUACAGACUAGCUCCACUAAAAAUGUAUCAAACACCAACGCGAAAAACGCCAAAUCCAGCGCUAGUAAGUCUUCUAUUAUUGGUGCUAAAACCUCCUCCACUACAGCGGCUCCAAAUGUCAACAGUAAACAGGAGAACAGAUUUACAACAAAUGGACAGAAACUCAGAUUGACAGUGCCAUACUCUUCAUACGGUUGUUACACUAAUGGAUUAACGAUACCGUCACCCAUGGGUUUUUCGCCUACCGUGACGUCACCCAGACCCUUUUCUUCAUCCCCUUUGAACCGACCAUUGUCAACAUCUCCUACUAGGCGAAAAACAUCAUCGCCAUCUCGUCGUGUUCCGUCAACCACCCCAAAUGGCCGUUUGACCCCCGGGUCGUGCGUCUCUCCUUCCUCUCUAUAUUCCUUAUCCCCUUCGCCUACAAACCGCUCCUUCCCCACAUCUCCAUCGCCUCAUUCAUUUAAUCCUGCAGCUAGAAUGAUCCCAACGUCACCGCUUGCCCGCCAUAUUUCGUCGUCAACCGGAAGGAUAUUUUCGUUCCCAGAUCGAGGCCCACCUAUUUCCCAUUUGCCAAUUACCGUGCCUGCUGCCCAUUCCCAUUUGAAUUUACGGUUAAACACGUCACCUCUCUACUCCAACAAUGCGUCUCCUCAUAAUGGUGAUCUGCCGCAGGAUUUGAGCAUUAAGAAGAAAACUUCUAAUGAUGAAAGCAAAACACCGUCAUCAACGCUGAAAAUACCAAUAAAAGUUCCUAUUAAAACCAAUGGACUACCAAGCAGCGAGAUCGAUAAGUUUGCCUUUACAGACGACGAUGAAGACAUCUCACCAUUAGGCUCAAGAAAACUCCAUCCGAUAAAAGCAGAGCCCGGGUCGGGACUUUAAUUUCGUGUUGUAAAGUUUGUGAAAGAUUGCAGCUGUGUUUGAUAGUUCUACUUUAUAGUUGGAUUACCAUAGUUUGGAUCGGGUUUUGUGUGAAGAAUCAAAUUAUUGUCGUCAUUACCAGAUUACAAAUGGAUUUAUUCUUUCGCGAUGACCUUCAGAAAUUUAGUGAUUUUUGUGUUUUAUGUGCAGAAAGGAUACAAUUUAUUUAUCGAAUUUUUGUUUGACGUGCGGAUGUUUUCAGAUGGAAUGCUUGUUUAUUUAUCUUUGUUAAUUCAUUUUUGUGAUCGGUUUAUGCUUAUACCGUGUGUAUGUGUUUGUGAGUGUGUUUAUAUGCGAAAUGUGCUAGGAAGCUAUUUACAAAUGUUGGAAUAUAAAUUUGUGCCCUGAACUCACGAGACCAGACGAAAGUAUAGUGCUGAUUAUCAACCUUCUGUAGUACUAUUGUUGUUGCCAAAGACUUGAUAAUGAAAUUUAUUUGUGCUAUCUACAUUAAGUCUGUAUUUCAAUGUAACUGAUCUGCAUUUUGAUUGGCUGAUGUACUGAAUAAUACUUGAGGCAGUUCAAACGAGUACUCGUACUUUAAAUUGUGACGCCAUAGCGGAAUGACGCAACAUUAAGAAAAUAUUCUAAUUUUAAUUAAAUGGCAAGAUAAAAAGGUUCAAUGUCUUACAAAAACUUCAUUUAUAUAGUUUUCAUCAAGACCAUCCACCCCAUUUGAUAAAAUAUGAUGAAUGUUGAUCCGAAUUCAUUAUCAAAUACAAGCAUUAAUAAACACUAUACCCUUUUUUCCCACAAAUAAAUAUACAGUCUUUAAAUCUGUGAAUGAUAUUAACAGUGAAAAAGUGAUAUUGUUUCAUUAAACAAAUCAUGUAAUCGUUGAUGGAAACUUGUGGGAGUUUUGAAUCCCCUCUUCUCAGGAACUUGAAGUUAGAUUUUUAUUCGAUAUUGAUCAUUAUAUUUUCUCCAGUAAUGGCAAUCAAUUAAAUAGUACUCUCGUUCAUCCAGACAAGAUCGUCCGUUUUCGUAAACGCUAACAAGCCCGGUGGAGUUUACGGAAACAGUCAAGCGUCUGGUUGAACGAGAAUAAAGGAACUGGAAGUUACAUUGUACAUGAGAAUGACAAUGACUAUCAGCGAUUAUCAGAUAUGACGUCAUAAUGCUGUUAAUGGUGCUUAUUUGUUUCCAGUAAAACUCGGUUUACUUUACAGUUAUAAGUCACUGUUAACGACCUCGUAUAUAUAAGAACGCACUGUGCGGUCGCUCAGUGGAAGAGCGUUUGCUUUGUAACCGGGAGGUCGUGAGUUCGAGCCCCGCUGAGCGUCAAACCUAAGACGUAAAUAUAGGUAGUGAUUGCUCCUUCGUUAAAAGCUCGGCAUUUAGAAGUGAGAUUGACGGGUCUUUCUAAUAUGACAUGAAAAGCGGAGGUCCCGUGUCGUGGUAGGUGUUGGCACCUUAAAGAACCCGCACUGCUAUAGCCUUGAGCAAAAGCAUAGAUCUCCACCUACAGCUGGUGACGUCUCAAUAAAAACUCAAAACAGACCCAAAAAUUUGAAGUAUUAACGCAGCCUGAUAUGCCCUUGUAAAUAAUGUUAUUUUUGAUCGACCACUUUUAAAAUUUACAAUGUGUAAAGGAUUAACUAUGUAAUAAUCUUGUAUUGAAAUUGAAAUGUUUAGUUUGGGGGAUUUUAAAGCCUUCAAUAUUACAUUACAUUUCAGUAGUAGCCUUUUUGAUUUUUUUCCCUCAAUACCUUAAAAUCAAAAAUCCAUGACAACACCGACUUUUGAGAUAUUUACUUUCAGCGAAAAUAUCCUUGAAUAUAUGUAAAUGCUUCAUUUUAAAGCAGCGCCUUUGUCUCCACAUAUUCAAACUUUCAUUGUCACGUGAUUUAUUGACCUGUAUUUAUCAGUGUGAAUUAAUGGAAUAUGUUUUCUCCAAAUUAUAUCGAUCCCUCUUGAUUUGAUAUAUGGGUGGGUGUUUUUUUCUUGUUUUAAAAGUUGUCCUGUUGAUUGUGUUCCGCUAAAACAGAGUUUUGAAUAUUGAUUUAUUUUAUCUUUUCAGCAUUCAAUUACGUGUAUUCCAACUGCAUGUAAAAACUUACUCAAAAAUAUUGAGAAUUGUGUUUCGCGUGCGUGUGUACAUAAUAUCCAUUGGAUGAUAAUGGGCGUUGUCUCAUGUUUGUCUCGUGUAUAGAAAUAAAAUUCAUCGUCUUUCACCAUUACCAUAUGGUAUUAUUUAAGUGAAAAUGCUUAGACAUAGUGUAUACAUGUAUAUAUAUUUUUUCCUAACAUUUAAACCAUGUGCAUGUGUAUGUGUUCAAAAGUUAAACGCUGGCUACAUUUUCAAAGUCCUUUUUUCCCCUCUCUAACAUUGCAAAAUACAAGUUCAGUUUGAAAUUAAUUCAAUUCUUUCUGAAGUAAAACUGCUUAUGGCUGACAGAGAGUAUAUAUAUAUAUAUAUAUAUAUAUAUAUAUAUAUAUAUAUAUAUAUAGUAGGUUGUAUUUUAUUAUUUUUACUAAAGUUAUAUCUUAAAUGAAUUGUCGAAUUCUCUGAACGCUCAAUAUCUUAACCAAUCAUAUUUGUUUACAUGAAAAGAAAUGUCGUUUUAAAACAGGGACAUCUUUCAAUAAUUUCUAUUUCAUUUAGAAUAUUUUGCUGAUUGCGAGUGUAUGUGAUUUAGAGGGGCAUGUGAUAAUGAAUUGAUUUGUUGAUUGUUGAUGAUGAUAUUUGUGUUGUUUUUUUCCAGAUAAUACUGAUAUAAAUGAACAUUGUAUUAUGUGCAGUCAAAUAAAGACGCUUUGAAUAUC